AACAGCCGAAACAAAAUUCAGCGAGUCUAUGGCGGAGCGCUCAGUCGGUGUUUUAACUUUAAAAUGAAAAUAACUUUUAAAAUUUAAAAGUAGUCGCGUGUAUGCAAAUGAAAGGACAAGCUAAAUGAAAUAAGUUAAGUGCAUGGAAGUGUAUUCUAUGAUACAGGACUUGUUUAACAAAGUGCAACCACAGCCGCUGUGUUAAAUGCAGAUUGUGUUUGAAACAAUUGGAAAGAAUAGAACGAAUGGGAGCGUGAACAUCUGUCAGUUUGCGGUUGCGCUGCUUCUUCCUUUCGUCGCCACUGUGCAUUAUUGUUGUGUUUUGUGUUGUUUUUACGCGCAACGUCUUUUACUGCCAUCCACAUUAUGCCGUACGCAACAAACAAAUGCGGGCAGUAAAUGUAUAUAAAUUAAUAAAGUGUAUUUAUUUUCAAAAAUCGCAUCCACAUAUUAAAUUUGAUCAAAUCGUCUAAAUACAAUCACACGCGCUAUUCACAUCACACAGUAACACAAGUGCCAAAUUUUUUUUAACGCAACUCUGCCAAAUUUUACACAGGGAAAACAAACAAUUCGUCCAAAACAAGAAACAAGAAACAAAAAAACCGCUAGCGUGUAAAUAAAAUAUAUUUUGUGCGCGCACGGUUCAAUCAUGGGAAUAUACGCGUUUAUAGCAUUUAUAAAGCAGAUGCGUCCCGUUUACAUCCGCUAAAUGAAGAGUUAUAGUGAUUACCAUAUUGGCACCCCUCCCAGUAGCACUGCAACCGCAUUGGAGCAUCACUUGGAACAGUAUAGCCCUACAGCUAUUAGCACCUUAGCCAACGGCCAUCAUCAGCACUCACCAGCACAACAGCAUCACCACCACCACCAGCACCAACACCACCUGCUACAUAGUCACUCACAGCAUUUGCUCGACCUCAACGAUUCGUUAUCACCGCCCUCUUCAAUACAAUCACAUAACGCUGCAGCCGUAUCCGCCGCUGCAACGUUGCCACAGAUGCCUCACUUUGGACUUGGCGGAGGUGUAGGUGGCGCCUACGCACAAACACCACCCAGCCCUCCAGUGCAUCACGCCGCUGGCGGAGGUGGUUUGAUGCCACCUAAUUCGCCACAUCAUCAUCAACAACAGCAACACCACCAGCAGCAGCAACAGCAUCACCUGGCGAUGUUGCCGCGUGGCCUAACUGCUGGAGGCGGGGGUGGCGGUUGUGGUCCACUCAUGUCUACAGGCCUAAAUUCCAAUACGGUUGGUGUGCCAUAUCGGCCACAUAUUGAAGAUAAAAAACUGACACGUGAGGCGAUGGAGCGGUACAUGCGAGAACGCAACGAUAUGGUCAUUGUGAUCCUGCAUGCGAAGGUAGCCCAAAAGUCAUAUGGCAAUGAAAAGCGUUUCUUUUGCCCACCACCUUGCAUUUAUCUGUUCGGCAGCGGUUGGCGUCGUCGCUACGAGGAAAUGUUGCAGAAGGGCGAGGGCGAGCAUUGCGCGCAAUUGUGCGCCUUCAUCGGCAUUGGCAGUUCGGAUCAGGAUAUGCAACAGCUCGAUUUGAAUGGCAAGCAAUAUUGUGCCGCCAAAACGCUGUUCAUAUCCGAUUCGGAUAAGCGAAAACAUUUUAUGCUCUCGGUGAAAAUGUUCUACGGCAAUGGCCAUGAUAUUGGCGUAUUCAAUUCCAAACGCAUCAAAGUCAUAUCGAAGCCAUCGAAGAAGAAGCAGUCGCUCAAGAAUGCCGAUCUAUGCAUAGCGAGUGGCACAAAUGUGGCGCUUUUCAAUCGCUUGCGCUCGCAAACGGUGUCGACGCGUUACCUGCAUGUGGAAAGUGGGCAUUUUCAUGCGUCCUCGACGCAAUGGGGCGCCUUCACGAUACACUUGCUCGACGAUAACGAAUCGGAAUCGGAGGAAUUUCAGGUGCGCGAUGGCUAUAUUCAUUAUGGUGCGACGGUAAAGCUAGUUUGUUCAGUGACGGGCAUGGCGCUGCCACGGCUCAUCAUACGCAAGGUGGACAAACAAAUGGCGUUGUUGGAGGCAGAUGAUCCGGUGUCGCAACUGCACAAAUGUGCGUUCUACAUGAAGGAUACCGAUCACAUGUAUCUCUGCUUGUCGCAAGAGAAGAUCAUACAAUUCCAGGCGACGCCCUGUCCGAAAGAGCCAAAUAAGGAGAUGAUUAACGAUGGCGCCUGUUGGACAAUCAUCUCCACAGAUAAAGCUGAAUAUCAGUUCUAUGAAGGAAUGGGACCUGUGGGUUCCCCUGUCACGCCAGUGCCAAUUGUGAAUUCGCUCAACUUGAAUGGCGGCGGCGAUGUGGCGAUGCUUGAACUCAGCGGCGACAACUUUACGCCGCACUUACAAGUCUGGUUCGGUGAUGUGGAGGCGGAAACCAUGUACCGCUGCACGGAGACGUUGUUGUGUGUGGUGCCUGAGAUUUCACAGUUUCGCGGUGAAUGGUUAUGGGUCCGCCAGCCAACACAGGUGCCCAUCUCGUUGGUGCGCAACGAUGGUAUUAUCUAUGCGACGGGUCUGACAUUCACCUACACUCCCGAACCUGGACCACGACCGCACUGUACACAAGCCGAGGAUGUGAUGCGUACACGCAACGCAGCCGCAGCGGCAAGCAACAAUAACGGCAAUAGCGGUGCUAGUAUCGGUGUUGGCGGUAUCGGCGGCAACAACAACAAUUUAAGUGGUAUGAGCAACAACAAUAACAAUACGGCGCAUUCACCCAACGACGGUAGUGGUGGUGGCAGCAGCGGCGGCGGCGGCGGCGGUGGUGGUGGUGGCGGUAAUGGUGCAGGGGUGAAUGCCAAUCAUCAAAUGCACCAAACACUGCCGUCCAUAAACGAAGUGCAAUGGAAUACGCACGGAGGCGGCGGAUUGUCCUGAGUGAUGGUUGCACAAACCCAAUGGCCAAAGGCGUCAGCGGCAGCAGUGCAAUUGCAUUGUUGUUGGCAAGUGUGGAUGAUGGUGUGGCUCUGAUGGGGAGAAGCACGUAGUGGAGUGCAUAAAUGCUUAUGCUUGAAAAAAUAGUAAAUUUACUACGAUGAUUCGAUGAUUAUUUUGUGAGUUUCAAGCGUUUUUAUUUUUAUUUUUUUUUUUCAUUUUAUUUUUUUAUUUUUCAUUUUAUUUUUUUAUUUUUCAUUUUAUUUUUCUUGUUUUUACACUUAAUUUUUUCAAUUAGUUUUAAUUAUUAUUAUACAACAAGAAUUUAGUCGAUGUGUUUUUACUUAUUUUAAAACACAUUUUUCAUACAUACACGCAACAUACAUAAAUUAUUAUAUAUUUUCAUGCACACAUCCACGCACACACACACACACACACACACACAUACACUCACUCUCACAAGCAUACCAAUCAAGUAGUUGGUACAAAACUAUACAACUUUUCAUUCCUGUAAACAUUGCAAAUAUUUUUCUCGAAACUAAAUGUCAAUAUCAGGGAUAAUUUUUUAGCAAAAAAAUGAAACGAAAAAAAAAAACAAAAACAAAAAAAAAAGGAAUGCAUUUUACUGUAAUCCCUGUAGGCAAGAUAAAAAAUAUCCGAAAUGAACAAACAAACUAUUAUACAUACCUUUUAUACAUAUAAACUACGAAGAAAACGGAAGAACAAGAAAAUUUAAUUAUGAAAGCAAGAAUCCUUUACAAUGAUUUAGCCAUGUAAGUUGCCUAGACUUAAUUUAGAAUCUAAUGCAAAUGUAUUUGUACAUAUACUUAAGUUUAGCAUUGCAUAAAGCUAGAACAAAUUAUAUAUUUUAGAUACGAAUUUCAAUGAAAUUGGACACAAACGGACCGCGACCGUCGCAGGACAUAUGCCUACAAUUGUAUUUGCAUAGUUUUAACAUAAGCAGAAAGUUUAGCAUUUUAGCCAACAUUUUUUAGAUGAAUGCAGCAAAACGUAAUAUACAUACAUACAUGCAUACCUACAUACAUACAUAUGAUCAUCUAUAUGUAUACAUAUUUUAUACGAUAAGAUAUUUAUAUACAUAUUCAUAUAUAUAUAUAUUUCUACAUUAUCUACUAUACAUACAUACAUAUAUGGGUACGUGCAUGUGUGCGAGUGCGAGCGUACAUUAAAUUAAAAAAAAAACAAAAAGAAAAAAGCAAACAAAGGAUUAAUCAAAUAUUUUA